AUGGCGAUCUUCGGUGGGACGCCGAAGGGGCCACAGGGGAAGGAACUGAAGAAGAAGAUGCCACAGGUCUUGGUGGCGACUCCAGGACGUUUACAGGACUUCAUGAGCAGUGGUGAGGUCAAUCUGUCACAAGCUCAACUGCUGGUCCUGGAUGAGGCGGAUCGAAUGCUGGACAUGGGAUUCGAGCCGGAGAUUGCCAAGAUUCUAUCGCAGGCACCUCCAGCGCGGCAGACGCUGCUCUUCACGGCGACGUGGCCUAAGGCGGUGAAACGCAUCGCAGAGAAGUACCUGACGCUCAGAGAUGUGAACGCUUCGUUUGUUCUUUUCGAUGAGUUCUUCCGCUUGGGUGACGAUGAGAAGGAUGACAAGCUUUGGCAAAUCCUCAGCGGCCUGAGCGAUGAUGCCAAGGCGAUUUGCUUUGCAAAUACCAAGAGGCGCAUUGAUUCCUUCCAGAAGACCUUUUGGUCCAAAGGCUUUGACUCUGUGGCCCUACAUGGCGACAAGCCACAGAAGGAUCGGGAUCGAGAUUUGGAGAAGUUUACGAAAGGCGAAUGCUGGCUGAUGUUUGUGUGUUCCAGAGGCUUGGACAUCAAAGAUGUGACCCAUGUGGUGAAUUUGGACAUGGCGCGAGAUGUCGAAAGCUAUGUGCGGCGGCCCGGGGCGUUUCGAUGCGGAUUCGCGUUUCGAGCUGGGCGGAUCAGCACACGCCCGAUUCGUGAAGAGCGAGCGUCGUGCGUGGUCUUCAGAAGAUGUGUGAAAGGCGUGCUGAGGGUGUGCGGCUCAGAGGCACAAGUGGCUGAUGUGCAAAGGCAGUUGGAAUGCUUGGGCGGCCCGCGGAAGCAGAUUCCCACUGCAGCCUGGACCGAGCUCAUGCGCACGCGCAUGUCGGAGGAUGCCAGCAGCUCUGUGGUGCAGCGUAUCCAGCAGCUCAGCAAUUGCCGGGUGCACAUUGAACGCACUAGCAAGGAGGUCCGGCUCUUUGGUCCGAAAGCUGCCGUGGCGGCGGCCUCGCAGCUGUUGGACGAGUUUCAACAGAUGUGCUUGGAGACCCGAGUGGAGUUUGAUGAGAAUCACCUCACAGGCGAAAAGAUUCAGAUGAUUGCUCAACAAGAAUGUGUGACCAUCAACUUCGAAUCGAACUCCGCGCGCGCAACGAUUCUAGGCUUUGAGUUCGCAGUCUCUUCCGCGUUGCGCGUCUUGGAAGCCUACGAAGCGAACCCAGAGAUGGAGGUGCAAGAGAUGGCCAAGGCGGAGGCGACUGCGCAGAUUGCGGAGGCCUUGGCCAAGUUGUCCUUGGGUGAUGAGUCUGGCGCUUCUACGGCGGGAUCGACCACGAAGAUUCCUCUCGAGGACUCGGACUACAGCGAGGUGGAAGCCAAAGAGGAGGCUGCCACAGGAGCCAUAAACCAGGUGAGCCAGGGUUAUUGCAACAACAACCAGCACCACCCGUGCUGUUCCUGCCUAACCUGCGGUGCCACGAGCUUUUGUGUGAGCUGCGGCUCCGCCAACGAAAACUUCCAGUUCUACCAGGUGCAGGUGAUGCAGAUGGGGGGCCAGCCUCAAAUGAUGAUGAAUAUGCAACCCAUGACCAUGCAGAUGCCCGGUCAAGUCUUUGGCAACGUGAUGCAAGUUUGCAUGCCGAUGCAGAUGCAACAGAUGCAAGGUGUACCGGCUAUGGUUAUGGAGCCGUUUCCCACCUCUAAGAGGUCACCUGGCAUGCAUGAUGACGGCAGCUUUUGUAUGUAG